CUCGGCUAGACCCGGCCGCGCAGAGAAAGUCGCCGGGCUGCCGGCCGCCGAGCAUGCUCGCCCAGAGAGUGGUGCCAGUGCGAGCAGGUUACCUGCCUUUCCACCCCGCCGCGGCGGACAGCCUGGCGACGAGGACACCCUGGACCGAGGGCUCGCGUCCCCGUCUGGCCGCCGCUGGUUCCCGCGCUACCCGCUGCCCCCCCUGGCCGAACCGCCCUCCCUGGUGCCGUGGUUCGGGCACCUGAAGAAACCCAGCUCCUCUGUGCAGCUGCGGGGACGGCUAUUGAAAAGAGAGAAAAUGUCAAUGCUAUCUCCCGAGAUCAAGUUUGAGACUUCCAAAGUCACUGGAAGCUCCUUGGACAACUGCUUUCUGUUUGAGAGCAGCUGGAGGAAAGCGCUUUCAGAAACACAGAAGAUGAGGAAAGCAUUUGGUAUGGAAGAGCCCAAAGAAUGUUUCAAAAUGCCACAUUUACCAGAAUUGCCAAAGAGCUUAAAUUCAACUCCGCUAGAGAUUCAUAAACGGCUGCUGCGCUCUGAGACUGGGAUCCCUCCGAUCAGGGUAAAGAAGACCAGAGGGUCGUGCAGCGUGACAGCACUUCAGGAGAAGUCGAAAGGUUAUGUCUUCAGUGACCCUUUCACGGGGGCGCCCUCUCAGUUCUUACAGAGACUUUCCAAACUGGCCAUCCUGGAGUAUGACACUAUUCGGCAGGAAACACGCAAGAAAUCAAGGAGAGGCAAGAAGCGGGAUCUCCGAGACUGCUGAUAACCUCCCGCCAUGCGAUGCUUUCUUCCCUGGUUUGUA